AUGCCGCUAUUUCGUGUUCCACCGCUUCGUGUUGACGAUUUAAUCAACGAUUUACGCGAUGGUACCAAACUUAUUGCACUCUUGGAAGUGCUAUCCGGCGAACGUUUGCCCGUGGAGAAGGGUCGCGUUCUACGACGUCCGCAUUUCCUCAGCAAUGCCAAUACAGCCUUACAAUUUUUAGCCAGUAAACGUAUCAAAUUGGUGAAUAUUAAUCCGGCAGAUUUGGUGGAUGGGAGACCACCAGUUGUGCUGGGUCUGAUAUGGACCAUCAUAUUGUACUUCCAGAUUGAGGAGAAUAGCCGCAACCUUGAAUAUUUGGGUCAUGGUAUUAGCGGUUCGGUUAGUUCUCUCGACAGCGUUGGCAAAACUGUCAGCGAUCAAAAGGCUGAGAAAUGGAAGCAAGGUGCUAGGAAGACACUGCUGAAUUGGGUUACCAAUGCCUUGCCAAAAGACAUCGGCAUUGAAGUAAAGGAUUUCGGCGCCAGUUGGAGAGAUGGUGUCGCCUUCCUAGCCCUUAUCGAUGCAAUCAAAGCGAAUUUGGUUAAUUUGGCUGACUUGAAAAAGGCCAACAAUCGUCAACGUCUAGAAACUGCUUUCGAUGUGGCUGAAAGUAAGCUGGGCAUUGCCAAAUUGUUGGAUGCUGAGGAUGUGGAUGUACCAAAACCGGAUGAAAAGAGUAUAAUGACAUAUGUGGCGCAAUUUUUGCACAAGUACCCUGAACCAAAAGGUGGCUCACGUGAUACAUCACACAUACAACAGGAAUUGGAUGAACUACGCCGUUUCCUGAUAGAAAAGACCACAGAAUAUGAGCCCAUGGUCAUGUCGAAUUCAUUCCCGCGUGAUUUCGCUGAAUAUCUGAUCGCACGUUCGGAGAUUGACGCCCACUUGCCGGUCUACAAUCGCCUCAAGCAACUGAUGGAUAGUCAGAGCGGCUUCCUACAAGUGCCACGCCCGGUGUGGGAGGACAUAAAUGCAUUGUGGCAACGUUUGCAAUAUCAAAUGAACUAUUGGCUGUGGUUGUUGGAUUCAGAGUUGCCCGGCGAAUUCGGUGUGGUCGGCAAGUGGCUAGCGGACGCUGAAAAAUUACUAACGGACAAUGAGAUACCAAGUGCCAUGAAUGAGGAGACAGCAUCGGUGAUAAGUAGAAAGCUGGAGGAGCAUAAAUUAUUCUUUGCCGAUUUGCCACGUAUAAUGGCAAUGUUUGAGAAUGCCAAGCGUUCGCCACUGGUGCAACAAGUGCCGCUUGAGCAGUUGCGCAACAUGAAACGCCGGCUGCAAGAGGUGGCACCCAAGGCGGCCGAACGUAGAAUACGUUUAAAGUUCCUGGAACAUAAGUGCUGUCUCAUUGCUUUCCUCAAUUUGGUUGAGGACAAAAUGAAGGGUUGGACUGGCAAGUAUGGCUAUGAGGAGAAGGCCAGCCAGCAAUUGGAGCAAUACAAGAAUUUCGUAUCGCGCAACAAAAUUUUCCAAGAGUUCCAGAAGGCAUUCGUCGACAUGCAACAAGUGGUGGACGAAUACAAGCGUGAGGGCAAUGUACUGCGCAAAGACAUAACGGAAAUCGAUCGCUUCAUGUACGAGACCGAGGAGCGUUGGAAGCGUGUCUCUAUGGAGCUUAAGUGCUGCCAGAACUCGCUGGAAGAGGUUGUGAGCUGUUGGAAGACCUGGAACCAGUUGGCGCCCACUUGUGAGGAGUGGCUCAAUUUCGCCGAAACUAAACUAUCGCGUACCGAAGAUGAACGCUUGGAGUUCUUCCAAGACAUAACCACAUGGAAGGAUAAAUUCGAUGCAGUCGCCAAUGCAGCCAAUUAUUUGAUCGCUUCAUGCGAGGAUGGCAUCGCACACAACCUGCGCCAGAAGCAUGGCAAUUUAUCGGAGCGCUUCGAGCGCCUCUUUGCCAAUACCAAGCAAUACAUGCAUGCGGGUGACAUCAUACGCGCACGCAAUGAAUACAAAUCCGGCAUUGAGAAGCUCUCACAAUGGCUGCGUCAUGCGGAGCAGGUGCUCGAACAGCGCCAAAUGCUCGGCAACACGCAACAGAUUACCAAAUAUGGCGAGGAGUUGCAAAAGCUGGCUAGCGAAAUUGAUGACAACGAGGAGCUCUUCAAGACGGUCAGCCGCAGUUUCCAGGGCCUCAUUCAGGACUUGCCACGCGAUGAGGUCGACAAAAUGAUGAAAUUACUCAAGCAGGAGAAGGAGUCUUUGGUGUGCAUACGCGCGCAAAUACCAGCCAAAUUGCAUCUCUUUCACCAGCUGCUCAUACAGCAGGAGUCGCUCGAGGCGGGCCAAAAGGAGAUACAUCAAUGGCUGAACGAUGCAGAGGCGCUGCUGAGCACGCAUGCACUCUCGGGUGGACGCGAUGCCAUAAGUGAGGAGUUGAACAAACACAAGACCUUCUUUUCGCGCACCGUCUACUAUCGUUCGAUGUUGGAGAGCAAGAAUAAGGUUUUCCAGAAUCUGCUGAAGUCGGUCGCCGCCGAUGACAAUAUCGACACCUCGCAAACGGCGCACAACAUGCAGCAGCUGAACGAACGCUUUAACUAUGUAAUACAGAAUGCUGAGCAGUGGGAGCAGCGAUUGAAUAAUGCCUCACGCGGUUGGAACGCCUUCAAAGAGAAUGAGCACGUUGUCAGCGAAUGGCUAACGCAGGCCGAAUCUAUGCUUAUCGAAAAACACAUCGAAUCGAAGACCGUAAUCGAGACACAAAAGUACUUCUUCGAAAACGUCAACGAGCGCUGGAUGCACAAUCUGGUGGAGUCGGCGCAGGACUUGUUGAAAACACUGCCGGCGCAAGAGCAAAAGCCUGUAGUGGAUACGGUCGAACAGCUGCAAGCCAAGUGGCAGCACGUCUUAUCGCAAGCGCCACUGCAUUUGUUGAAGCUCGAAUUCCGUCUUGACGAAUCGACCUUCUAUCAGACGCUGCAAGAAGUCGAACAGGAAUUGCAUUUGGAGCAACAAGCUUUGAAUCGUAAUGAAGAUAUCAACUCCAUACUCAAUCGCAAUGAGCAAUUCUUCCGACAGCAGGGACCAAUACCGCAAAUUGAGAAGAGCUUGCAGAAUAUGCAUCGCAUUAGUCAAGCUUAUGGUUAUCAAAAGCCGACUGACAUCAGCCUCGGUCAGGCCUAUGACAGCGCUAAGCUGCAGUGGCAGCAAUUGUCGGGCAGAAUUGAUGAUAUGCGCGAGACUCUGCAGCAAAUACCGGCACAGUGGGACAGCUAUCAUGAGAAGUUCAAGGAGAUGGUCGAGUGGAUGAAUAUUGUCGAUAAGAGUUUGAAGAAUAUUGUGAACGAAGUGAACAGCAUGGAGGAGUUCGAGAAGGAAAAGGUGGUAUUCCAGGUGAGAACAAUUCUAAGACUUAAUUACAAAAUCUGUGUGGAUAUUGAAGCAAGGGAGUGGUCAAAGAUCUUAUGAGUAUUUUUUCCGCGGGUUAUCGUCAAAGUUUACUAAAGGCGGGGAAAUGGGAGUUACUAGGAGUGACAAACCCACGAAGACUUUUAGCCAUAGCCGUUCUAAAGACAGUUGAAAAGUAUAUACAUACGAGUACCAGCAUGGUCCUUGGUGGCGUUAUUAAUAUUUCGGAUAUGAGGCAUUCCAAGCUAUUUCAACGAAAAUUAAGUACUAUUUUAUUUUUCCAUUUUGAUAUAAACUGACUACAAUGUAGAAAUACCUUUAAGGUAUGGCAAAAUGCGAGGAAUGUAAAACAAAUUUGCAAAAAUUAUACAACAUCCAAAAUAUAAGGUCUCUCGGCGAGGGCCGUUGUUUAUCACAUCAUAGCUCGAUAAAUAUUGGUUGUAUCAAAAAAAAAAAAAAUCAGUUCAUACUUUUUUAUUGACAAAGAGUGCGAGAUUUAUA